UCUUAAGCUUCUUGUUCUGGGCGGAAAUGUGGAAGUAGAUGUGAAGCUUAGUAACGGUUUGUUACUGGAUAAAGAAACUCUACUGAGAUCAUGUUGCAGUUGCAUUUUACUAAAGAAACUCUGCCCGACAAUGUCAGCAGUGAUUUUCAGACCUUGAAUAAAUUCAAUGAGCAGCAAUUUCUGAGCUUGACUGAUUUAUUGUACCAGUUUCUGUUGGAGCCUAAAGAGUCGGAGCAAUUUCUUGCCCAGCUGUGUGAAUUUGCAGGAGAGAAUGGCAUGGCAGCAGGUCCACUUCGAGGCUUAAUGAAGAGUAUUCUUCUGCUUCCACAUGGUGCAAUGAAGAAGAACCUGACAGCUGAGCAGGUGAAAGAGGACUUGCUCUCACUUGGUUUGACUGAAGACAAAGCCAGCCACUUCUCUGAUCAGUGGAGGAUUCACUACCCCAUGUUGUCCAGACUGGCAGUUGCACAGACACUGAUGGUCAACCAGCUGGUGGAUAUGGAAUGGAAAUUUGGUGUUACUGUAGGGACAAGUGAACUACAGAAGGCCGGAAACAUCUUCUUGCAGCUUAAGCUGGUGCUCAGGAAGGGCAACACAACAGAAAAUGUGUAUAUGGAACUGACUCUACCCCAGUUCUAUAACUUCCUUCAUGAGAUGGAACGAGCCAAAGCCAAUAUGGAUUGCUUCAGCUAAGGACGAGACUUGACCCUUCUAAUGUUGACAAAUCCAGUGUUGGUGAAUCCCAGAAACAACUAAAUGUGUGUAUGAGCAUGAAUGAAUGUGUGUUUAUAUAUGUGAUUAAAUGUAUGACGCUAAUGUAUACACAUGCCAAAUUUAGGUGCACUUUAAUCUGUUUGAUUCACUUGUUUGUUGUAUUUUAUAUCUUGAAAUCUACUCUCUUAAUAAAACAAGUUGAAAUAGAAGUCUAAA